CCCUUAUCUUUUUUUCUCAUAUUAUCAAGUAGCAAACCCCCGACCGCCGCCCUCUUCUUCUUCUCCUCCCUCGAAUCGCUCCUCUGCCGGCGUCGAUUUCGCCGGGCCGGAGAUGGAUCCGCUCUCGGUUCUGCGGGAGUACGCGAUCCGGGGAGAGUUGGACCGCGUGAGCCGCAUCGGCGACGAGCUACGCUUCGGUUCCGAGUACGCCUUCCCCGCCUCCGCGGUCACCGCCUACCGCUCCAAGCAGGGCGGGUUCUACCACCUCGACGCCCUCCUCUUCUUUGCUCGUCACCACCAACUCAAGCACACCGACUACCUCCAGUCCGCCCGCCACCACCGGGUCACCACUGUCACUCUACCCGACCGCAAGGCCCUCCUCGAUUACCUCCUCGGCCGCACAGCCUCCUCCGAUGCCGUAUCGCUCCUCCCUCCUCCCACCUCCUCCGCCGCCAACGCCGUCGAGGAGUACCGCCCCGACGACCCCUCCCUCCCCAUCGAGGAGCCCCCUUCCUCUGCCCCCGCCGUCGACGCCUACGCCGCCGAUCAACCCACGACCGUGGCUGUCGACUACGUCGCCAUGAUCCGUUCCCUGGAGAGGCCCCUCAAGGACCGCGAGUCCUUCCUCGAAUGUCGCAACCGUGACUUCCACGCCGUGCUCCUCGCGUCCACCAAGCGCGAGGAGGAGAGACAGCGCCUCGAGUCGCAGCAGCGCAAGGAUGGCCUCGUGGCCAAGACGCGACUUAUUGGGACUGACGACCAUCAUCGUCCUGUUGUCGCCGCCUACGGCGGCGGUGGAGACGAUGUUUCUGAUGCCGUGGGCUCCAAGCCCAAGAUGCAUCUGAAGGGCAGCAAGAUUGGGGAGGGGGUUCCGAUCAUUCUCGUUCCCAGCGCGUACAGUACGUUGAUCACCAUCCACAAUGUAAAGGAAUUCUUAGAAGACGGGAUUUUUGUCCCGACGGAUGUGAAGGUGAAGGCACUGCAGGGCCCGAAACCUGACUGUGUGACAGUGCAGAAGAAACUGAGCCGGGAUCGUGCGGUGGCCGCCUACGAGGUCAGAGAUAAGCCCUCAGGGUUCAAGCCAGAGGACUGGGACCGUGUUGUGGCUGUGUUUGUGCUCGGCAAGGAGUGGCAAUUCAAGGACUGGCCGUUCAAGGACCACGUUGAAAUCUUCAACAAGAUUAUCGGGUUCUAUGUGCGUUUUGAGGACGAUAGCGUGGAAUCCGCAAAAACAGUGAAGCAGUGGAAUGUAAAGAUUAUUUCCAUUAGCAAACACAAAAGGCAUCAAGACCGAGCAGCUGCUUUAGAGGUUUGGGAUCGACUAGAAGAGUUCAUGCGAUCGCGAUCGCACACAUGACUCGCGAAAUGCCUUUCUAAGAACCACGAGAUGAUGACUCUAAUCAUUUCCAAUCAGUUAUAGGUUCAACUGUGUUGUAGAAUGUUGGAUUCAACCUAUUUAAGAUGAAGCAUGAUAUUAUUUCUGGAAA